AUGCUCAGCUCCAUAUCGUCUGAUUUCAGUUUGGAUUCUCAAGUCCUUGAUGUACCUUAUGAUUUUUCAAGCCCUGGAGGUUCAUUUCCUUAUCAUAAGCUACCUCUAUCUGUAGUUGAAAAUUUACAUAAAAAAGAAAAAUAUGUUGAGAAGGAUGUUUCUGACCUGGUAUUUGUUCAGAGUUUUAGUCAUCUUUUUUACUUCGAAGACAUGUUGAGGUCUACUGCUCAGUUUCUGGGGAAUCGAACAUUUGGAAGUGCAUAUAUGGCAGCUAUGGAUAAUGGAGUACAGUUGUGUCAAAAGAUUGAAUGUAGUCAGAAAAGAAGUUUAGACAACAGAUGGAGGUCAUUAGAAAUGCCAGGCACGAAAAUGUGUGUUCAUUGA